AUGGAAAAUAUACCUUAUGCUUCUGCAGUUGGUAGCUUGAUGUACGCUCAGACUUGUACCAGACCGGACAUCAGUUUUGCAGUUGGAAUGCUAGGUAGAUACCAAAGUAAUCCAGGGAUGGAUCACUGGAAAGCUGCAAAGAAGGUGAUGAGAUACUUGCAAGGAACAAAGAAUUACAUGCUUACAUAUAGAAAAUCAGAUAGCCUUGAGGUGAUUGGCUAUUCAGAUUUAGACUUUGCUGGAUGUGUGGAUAGUAGAAAGUCAACAUUUGGCUAUUUGUUCCUAUUAGCUGGAGGAGCAAUCUCAUGGAAAAGUGCCAAACAGACAAGCACUGCUUUAUCCAUCAUGGAAGCAGAAUUUGUGGCAUGCUUUGAGGCCACAGUUCAUAGUUUGUGGCUGCGUAAUUUUAUCUCGGGACUUGGGAUUGUCGACUCUAUUGCCAGGCCGCUGAGAAUCUUUUGUGACAAUACUGCAGCCGUCCAUUUCUCCAGAAACGACAAAUAUUCUAAUGGUGCCAAGCACAUUGAACUUAAAUAUUUUGUUGUCAAGGAGGAAGUUCAGAAAUAA